AUGGGGACUCAAACUUCAGAGAGUUUUGUACAACGGACUUUGAAAAACACAAUAGCUGGUACAGCCGGAGGUAUAGCAGUCUGUCUAGUAGGCCAUCCAUUUGACACUUUAAAAGUUAGACUUCAGACCCAACCGGUAGUUAACCCUGUAUACAAAGGACUGACUGAUUGUUUUCUUAAGACACUAAAAUGGGAGGGCGUUGGAGGCUUGUACAAGGGUGUUGGAUCACCUAUAGUUGGUCAGAUGUUUUUCAGGGCUACACUUUUCACAUCCUAUUUUCAGAUUUCUACGCUAGUUGCGGGUAGUGACAGAGUGGGACAACGACUUGAGAUGCAUGAAUAUUUCAUAUGUGGUGCCUUUACUGGUUCAAUAGCUGCCCUAAUAGAAGCCCCGAUUGAUUUGUUUAAAUCAAAGAUGCAAGUGCAAAUAAUAAAUGCCAAAGCCCACGGGACAAAACCCAAGUACUCCAAUGUAUUUCAAUGUGGCUAUGACAUCACAAGGCAAUAUGGCAUACGAGGGGCGUACCAAGGUCUAGCCGGGGUCUGGCUGAGAAACAUUCCUGCUAACUGCUUUUUCUUUGGAUUCUACGAGGUGUCAAGGACACUUUUAACACCAGAGGGAGGAACUGUCCUUGAUCUAUCAGCCUCGGCUCUUCUAACCUCUGGGGCAGUGGGGGGUUUUCUUUAUUGGUUCCUCACGUAUCCCACUGAUGUCAUAAAAUCUUCACUGCAAGCUGAUGAAAGUGAUCGUUCAAAGCGUAGAUUUAAAGGAGUAGUCCAUUGUGCAAAGACAUUAUACACCACUGAGGGUGGCGUAGGACGUUUUUUCCGAGGAUUUCUUCCAUGUUUAAUGAGGUCACUACCGGCAAAUGCUGCAAUGUUUUUUGUUGUAGAGAAGACGAGACAAUUUCUUGCUAAAAAAUUAUGA